AUACGUACUAUAUAUUAGAUUGCUACGAAGCAUGCUUGGUCAUGUCAAGGAUCAAAUCAAUUAGUUUCUUAGCCAUGGAGAAAGCAACAAGAGUGAAAAUACUUGAAAUUUGCCUUGUGUCACCACCACAGGAAAAAACGACAACACAAACAUCUUUGUCUCUCACAUUCUUUGAGUUACUAUGGCUGAGGCUUCCCCCAGUUGAGCGUCUUUUCUUCUAUGAAUUCCCCAACCAAACCAUUUCAUUCUUCGACACCAUUCUUCCAAAUCUCAAACACUCUCUUUCCCUCACACUCCAACACUUUCUACCUUUUGCUGGCUCCAUCAUUUGGCCCCUUGACUCACCCCACCCCAUCAUCAACUAUGUCCCUGGCAAUGCCGUUUCCCUCACCAUAGCUGAGUCCAACACUGACUUCAACAUGCUUUGUUCCAAUAUCUGUGAUGCUUCUCUACGCCAUCCCUUGAUACCCCAUUUGGCCAAUUCACACGAACAAGCUUCUGUGAUGGCCCUCCAAGUUACCCUUUUUCCAAACCAUGGCUUUUCUCUUGGAAUAGCCACACACCAUGCAGCUAUGGAUGGAAAAGCCUCAACUUUGUUUCUCAAAGCAUGGGCCUAUGCUUGCUCCAAUAAUAAUAAUAACCUCAUUGGAGAAUCAUUCUCAUCACCUUUGUUGUCAUUACCACAACAUCUCACACCCUUCUAUGAUAGGUCAACGAUAAGAGACACUUCAGGGAUUGGUGCAGAUUAUUUGUCUGCUUGGUUGCACUAUGGUGGAGAUAAUAAUAGUAGGAGCAUGAAGGUGUUGGAUCAAUUCGGUGGUGGUGUAAAUGCAACGACAAAAGAAGCAAUCAGAUGGUCGUUUGAAUUAACCUCAUCGAACAUCCAAAAGCUCAAGCAUCAUGCACAAUCCAAGCUCAAAGAAGAGAAUGCUCACUUUUCAACAUUUUCGGUUACAUGUGCUUAUGUGUUGCAAUGUUUGGUCAAAGCAGACAAACCAAAGGCCAAUGGAGUGGCUUUUUUGUUCAGUGUGGAUUGCAGGUCUCGCUUGGAGCCACCUCUUCCAUCAACAUAUGUUGGAAGCUGCAUUAUUGGCCAUAAGGUUCUGUAUGAAACAAAGAAUUUGUCAGGGGAUGAUGAUUUCAUCAAUGCUCUCAAGGGGAUAAAAGAAGCUUUGCAAAAGUUGGAGAAUGAAGUGCUAAGUGGAGCAACAACUUUGGCAGAAAAGGUGCAAAUGCGGAUGAAUAAUAAAAUAUUUACUGUUGGUGGGUCACCACGGUUUGAGGUUUAUAGCAUUGAUUUUGGUUGGGGGAGGCCCAAGAAGGUGGAUGUGACUUCUAUAGGCCCAACCGGAGGAUUUUUCAUUUCUGAAAGUAGGAAUGACAGUGGAGGAAUUGAGAUUACUUUGGUGUUAUACAAACAAGAAAUGGAAUCAUUCAUGACUCAUUUUGCUGAAGGACUUGAAUCUCUUUGAUCAAUGUUGUUAAACUUUAGUGUUUCAAAGGGAUGGUAAAAUUUGAGGGAAUUUAAGGAUGUGUUUGAUUUGUAUUUUCAUUUCCUGUUUUCAUUUUCUGAUUAUUUUAUGCCUUUAGAAAAUUUUGCAUUAUGAUACAUGUGGCCUAUUAGGGUGGGAAUGAAUAUUUAAGUUUUAACUAGUA